AUGGGAUUUGUAGGGAAUUUAGUGUGCCUUGGGGCAUCUGCUUUACUAGCAGUACUUGAAUUUCACAAGAUCGAUGCGAUCCUGAAUGCAGAGAAUAAACGGGGGUCUUCUUACGAUGCAAGCUAUCGACUUGAGAAGCUAUCGAAAACCGAAACGAAUAUACUCGGUUUACUGCUUGUUAUGCAGCUUUUGAGUCCGAGCAUUGUGUCAUUGAUCAUUGUAUUGCUGUUUGUUUACAAGAUUCAGCGAAGAGGAUUUGAUUGUGCAGUCAGUGCAUUGAACUUUUUUGAAUUAAAGCGCAACUUAAAAGUGGAAGUUGCAUGUAAAUUGUGUUUUCAUGCAUUAUUGAUGUACAGAUACUCAAGGGUAUUGCUAAGUGCAAUUCAUAAGUAA